AUGAUCUUUGCUAUCAUUCAGUGGGGGCUCGUAGCCUCCAUUGUUCUGGUCGCGUUAUAUCACCUGCAGCAGAGACUCACGAACCGUAUAUUGAGGAAAAUCCCCGGACCUACACCGUCGUCCGCGAUCACAGGGAGUUUCCAGGACCUUUACCACACGCAGGCAUGGUCCUUUCACCAGGCCCAUCUAGAUCAGUACGGCGCCGUUGCGAAGGUCCAAGGUCUCCUCGGUGAACAAAUGCUAUACAUCUCUGAUCCUCUCGCCCUUUAUCACAUGAUGGUCAAAGAGGAGCCUAUUUACGAUGAGUUUGCAUUCUUCUACCCGCUGAACUACUUACUCUGGGGGGAGGGAUUGCUUUCUGUACACGGUAUGACCCACAGGAAACAGCGCAAGAUGCUCAAUCCGGUAUUCAACGCCAAGCAUCUCCGUGAAAUGUGCCCAAUAUUCCACGAUGUUGCGCAAGAGCUCCGAGCUGUCAUCAAGGAUAAGGUACAGAGAGGAGAAGCUGAGAUUGAUAUGCUGGAUUGGAUGACUCGGACAGCUCUGGAGUUAAUCGGGAGGGCCGGACUUGGGUAUAGUUUCAAAAUCAUGCAGGAAGGUACUGUCGAUGAAUAUGGUUCAGCUGUAAAGUCGCUCUUCCCACACGUUUUCGAAUUCGCUGUCGUGCUGCCUAUCCUGCCUUACCUGAUGAAGAUUGGUUCCCCACGCUUCCGUAGGUUUAUGGUGGAGAUAACUCCCAAUAAGAAGAUACGUCGCAUCAAGGAGAUGAUCGACAUUAUGUGGAAGACAUCCCUGAAUAUCUACCAGACCAAGGUUGCCGCUCUCUCAAAAGGCGACGAAGCUUUGGCCAAAGAGGUGGGCCAAGGGAAAGACAUCAUAACGCUACUAUUGAGGGCAAAUAUGAUGGCAUCUGAAGAAGAACGGCUACCGCUCUCCCAAGUCCUUGGACAGAUGACGUACACCAUGGACACGACCUCCUCUGCGUUGUCCCGCAUGUUGUAUCUCCUCGCUUUGAAUCCCGAUGUACAGGCAAAGCUUAGGCAAGAGGUGCGGGAGGCUCGCGCAAAGGGAGAGCUCGACUACGACGUUCUGGACAAACUGCCAUACCUGGACGCCGUCUGUCGCGAAACCCUGAGGUUGCAUCCCCCCGUCACGACGCUCGAACGAAGGACCACCAAGGAUACUGUUCUUCCGUUAUCGACUCCGGUCAGGGGCAUCGACGGUAUUAUGAUUGACCAAAUUCCACUUGCGAAGGACACCAGGAUCAUCGCCAGCGUGCUGUCAUUUAACCGGGACAAGACUGUAUGGGGGGAGGAUGCAUACGAAUGGAAGCCGGAGCGAUGGCUGAGGCUCACGCCGCCUGGCGCCACUGAUUCGAAGUCGCCCGGAGUCUACUCGAAUAUGAUGACUUUCUCCGGAGGCAUUCGUGGUUGCAUUGGCUUCAAGUUCUCCUUGCUGGAAACGAAGGAGGUAUUGAUGACGCUAAUAGAAUCCUUCCGCUUCGAGCCCGUCGAGAAGAAGAGCAUAACAUGGGACCUGGGUAUCAUAACAACACCACGUGUGGAGCAUACAGAGAACAACGGGCCCACACUCCCAUUGAAGGUGUCAAUUGCCGAGAAGCUCGCAGAAUAAGGUCGAUGUUACAUUCAGAUGACGGGUCGCAGACCAGGAGCGACAGCUGCUUUGGAUCCCCUUACCAUGCACGGAUAAAUACUCGUCGGUGUAGUAAAUUUGGACGUAACACCGCAGAUGAUACAUACAAGCGAUAUUCAUUCAAUCAC